AGUGAAGUUUAUUCAAGUUUAUAGGAAUACUUUUACUAAUGUACACUGCCACAGUCGGUGAGUCGGGCUCGGGCAGGGUUGCCAACAUAGCGAAUAUCCAUCAUGUCGUCCGACUCCAAAUCGCAAGAUUUUGUACUUCGCUUAAUAUCGAUGCGCAUUUACAAACUGAAAUGUUAUCAAUUUUAAUUUAAUUUGAAAAUGUUUGCGAUUCCUUAACUUGAUACAACGAUAUUGUGAAAUUAUAGUGUUAGUCUGGGAAUGUUAUUUUAUUUCCCCCGUUAUUUGAUGACGCUGGUAAUGCACAUUGAAAAUGGUUACUUCUAACAAGCAGUCUGAUAAAAAAGUCGUAAAAAUGACUGAACAGAACGAUAGUGCAGUGGUGCCGCAAAGAACAUUGUUAGGUGAAGUGAAUGAACAAAUAACGUGCCCUUUGUGUCGAGGUUACUACAUCGAUGCCACAACCAUCGUUGAGUGUUUACAUUCGUUCUGCCGCAGUUGUAUUAUAAAGCAUCUCCAGGUGAAAAGCUACUGCCCCGUUUGUGAAAUGAUGAUCAAUUCUGCAAAGCCUAAUAUCAAACUGGACAAAGCUCUACAAGACAUUGUGUACAAACUAGUGCCUGGCCUCUUCCAAAAAGAGAUGGAACGUCGUCAACAGUUUUAUGCGUCUAGACCCGGCCCAGCAGCUUGUGCAACUCCAGAGCAAAGAGGUGAAGAUACAGAAAGAAUCAUCUUUAGUCCAGAGGAUGUAAUCUCUUUUUCAUUGGAGUUUGUGGAUAUGACUGAUGCCGAUAGCAUAUCCAGUAAAUCAUCAGACAGCAAUGAACCUCCUACAGUUUCACUGACUACUCGAAGAUACCUGCAGUGUCCAGCUGUUGUUAAUAUAAAUCACCUUAAAAAGUUUUUAAGUAUGAAAUUUGAUAUUGAUAGCACUCAGUUUGCUAUCGACAUAUUAUACAAAAGGGUCCCAUUGCCUGAUUACUAUACACUUAUGGAUAUUGCUUACAUAUACAAUUGGAAGAGAAAUGAACCAAUGAGAUUUUUUUACCAAAUUAUUGAUUAUGUUGCAAUCCGAAAUAGAUUAUUUGAUAUCAACAGAAAAGGAACUCACUUUCCAGAUAGAAAAUCUAGUCCCACAUGCACUGAAGAUACUAAUGCUAACAGUCCAGCACCAAACAUAAAUGAUCAGACAUCUGAAGCCUCUUCUGGCACUGAUAGUCCUAUGCCUGAUGAUAACAACACUAAGAAAGUUAGUGACUCAAUGAAGAAUGACACAGUACAAAAAAUGAAGGACACAAAUGCUCAAGUCUCAACUGCUACUCACACACCAAGAUGUUCUUCACCUCUGAAGAAGAAUGAUGACGAAGUAGAAAAGUCACAGUUUUUAAACUCAUUUGAAUUAACAGCUAAAAGUACUUCUACUACCUUGAAGUCACCUGCCAAGCCAAAUACAAGUGAAACAAAAUCACCAAAAGAAAAUACUCUUAAAUCUUUAAUAAGUGCAACAAAAUCUGAUGAUACUUUAAAAAGAAAAAUUGACAGUUCAAAAACUUUACCUGAAAUGAAAAAACUUAAAAUAGAGAUAGAAAAAGCAAAAAUACCACUGCCUCAAACAGGGUCAGGAACAAUUAAAGUAUCUAAUUUAAACGAAAACCCCCAUAAAUUAAAAGGUGAUACAUCAGACAAAGGUAAAAAUAUGGAUGAAACCUCUAAACCCAAUCUUCCCACUCCAAAUAUUGUUGCUCAGACAUCAAGUUCAAUAGCUUCUAAAGAAGUUAAGCCCCAACAAAUUUCAUCUUUAAAACAACAGUUAGAUAAUUCUGGUCAUAAAAGGCCUGUGCCAGUAUCUCAGACCAUAGCAUCACCCAAACGUAAACCAUCUGAUGUGCCUUCAGCUUCCCAAUCCACCCCACUAGUUCAGAAAACUGUGUCUCCACUUAAAAUUCAAAUACCAAAACCUGACACUUCAUCAGCUAAUGUUAAGCAUGGCGAAAUGCCCAAACCUGUUACAAAAAAAAUGCCUGAUCUUAAACCCAGCGUCCCACUGCCUCCAGCAACACAAAAUAAAGGCCCACCAGUUGCAAAAUUGAGAAUGGAUCUUUUAUCAAAUAAUUGUGAUCCAACAAUUGAUAGAAGUAAAAUAUUGUCACAAGUCAAAACAUCCCUUCCCACACCUGGGACACCACCAACAUCAGGUGAUCCAUUAAAGUCAUUGUUUGAUUCUUGUAAAAUCAAUAUACCUUCUUCACUCUCUAUUACUUUGACUGAUCAGAAAUUAGACCCUCGUAGCCCUUCUGAUGUUACCAAUUCUGAUCCAAAAAAGAAUGCAAUUAAUAAAAGUAUAGCAACAGCUUCAAAUGCCAGUACUCAUAAGGUUCCAAAUGCUCCUGUACAUAAUUAUAUUGAGAUUCUUAAAUUGCCUGAUACAGAUCCUAAAAAAACAAAUAAACCAGAGUCUAAUGUUGAUAAACCAAAUAUUGUGCCUAAUAAAUCAGAUAAUAAUCCAUCAACGUCUAAACCACUCACAAAAUCAUCUGAGACAUCUGCUAAAGGUCCCGUACCAAACUUGAAGCCUAUAUCUGACACUAAAUUAGGUAAACAGAGUGGUAAUUUUGCUUCUCCUAUUACAUUUCAGCAAACAUUUGAGCAACAAUUGCAAUCACUCACAGAAAAAAAGGCAAAACAGGCUAAACACAAAAGUCAAGUUCCCAAGCUAGUACCAGCUACACCAAAAUCUUUAACUGCAGCAAACAAACUAAAUACAACACUACCAAAACCAAAUCCGCCUACUGUGGGAACUGUGGAAAAUAAAACACACGCUCUAGAUUUGUCUACUCCACAUAACAUUCAAAGUCAGCUAGGACCACAGCACACUAAAGCUUUUGAGACAAUGCAAUCAAUAGCUAAUUUAGCUAAAAAACAAAACAUCCCCCCAAAACCGGUACCAUUACCAAUGCCUCAAACAAAUAGUUUUGCAAAUUUUUCAAACAGGAGCCUUCCCACCACUGCUUCACCCCUAAGAGUACCAUCUGCAAGUAGUAUAAAUCAGUUGAAACUUGAUAAAAUAAAUGCUAAUGGAUCACAAGGUAAUACCCCUAGACAAGACCCUAAUGCUCAGAAUAAUCAAAUUAAACAGACAAGUAAUGCAAGCCCGGCUAUUCCAUCUCCAAACUAUAGUCACAAUUCUUCUAGUGCAGCUCAACCAUCACCAAGAUCACAAACUCGCUCACCAAGCUCAUCACCCAAACUAGUCAUUGCAGAGGAAAAGCAAGCAAGUAAUAUAUCAGCUGAAAUCAAUAUGAACCAAUCCCAUCAGAUUACAAGCACUCAAUUAUCAAAUACCAGUACAUCAAAGGUUGAAUCACCAAAAGCUUCUCCAGGUCCAUCUAAAACAAACAUCAAACCUGUUAAACCACCAAUGCCUCCAACCAAAGUGACAGGUAUAAGACAACCCAUAACACCAACAUUGAAUACAAAUCCGUCUAUUAAUUCUCCAGCAGAUUAUCUAGCACAACCACAGCUUAUGUCUCAUGCUCAUCGAGCCAUUAUUAAUCACUUUAACUUUCAGAUGGCUUCGCUACAAGCAACUAUUCCUUUCAAAUCUCGAAAACGAACGUAUUACAAUGAAACAAAAAUCAAGUCUAACAUUGAAAAUGAAAAUAUUUUGAAUAUAGAAAUUGCGAAAAGUCCUAUAAAAAGGAAAAUUGAAGACAAACAGGCAGAGGAGAAUGACUUGUGUUCUGCAAAGAAAAUUUCAAGAAAGCAUAAAAACUCUGCAGAUACAACAAUUGAAAAUUGUCCCACAGUGAAUGCUCUAAAACCACUCGUGAGUAGAGAAAAAGAGAUUGAAUAUUUAGAGAACUUUUUAAUUGGACAACUUGACAAGGGCGAAUCCGCUUCGCUAUAUGUUUCCGGACAACCAGGCACGGGCAAAACUGCCAGUUUGUCGUACAUUUUACAAAUACCAAAGAUACGAGAUGGAUAUAAGAAAGUUUACAUCAAUUGCACAAUGAUGAAGUCAGCGUCCAGCAUUUACUGCAGGAUCUGCAAGGAGCUGCAGCUGCCAACGUCCGCCACCAGUGAGAAAGCUUGUCUCAGCGCUAUUGAGAAAUAUUUGUUCAAGAAACACAAGCUAAUCCUACUAAUCCUAGACGAGAUCGACCAACUGGAGAGCAAGCGUCAGUCAGUGCUGUACACUAUAUUCGAGUGGGCGUCCGCUCCGCAGUCCCAGCUGGUGCUGGUGGGCAUAGCCAACGCGCUGGACCUCACCCAGCGCUCGCUGCCGCGCCUGCAGGCGCGCGCGGACCUGCGCCCGCAGACCUUGCACUUCCCGCCCUACACCAAGCAGCAGAUCAUCGACAUCUUCACACACGAACUCGCCGCUGAGGACACCACUAAUGUGUUCUCACCGGUCGCGCUUCAGAUGCUUGCAGCAAAAAUUGCCGCUGUAUCGGGUGACAUGAGACGAGCAUUAGACAUAGGACGGAGAGUUAUUGAACUCGCAAGACGUAGCAAAUUCGCUGAGAACCAAUCAGUUGACAAUAUGAUGUCAGACUCAUCAGUAACUGUAGAACUGAAGCAAGUCUUAGAAGUUUUAAAUGAUGUCUACGGCGGUUCUAGAAAAAUUGACACAGACGUGGAAGAGGGAUUACCAAUGCAACAAAAACUGAUACUGUGCAGUCUAAUGUUGAUGUUAAGUAAAGGGAAAAUCAAGGAAAUUGUCAUGGGCAAGCUCCACGAUGUUUAUAAAAAGGUAGCGAAAGCGCGUAACAUCGCCCCGCUAGAGGUGGGCGAGAUGGCGGGCGCGUGCUCGCUGCUGGAGGCGCGCGGCGCGCUGCGCGUGGCGGGCGCGGGCUCGGCGCGCGCGCGCCGCCUGCGCCUGCAGUGGGACGAGGCCGAGCUGGGCGCCGCGCUGCGCGACAAGCCGCUGCUGUCCGCCAUACUCGCCGACCGCAGGUGCCUCUCCUGAUACACACACACACACAGACACACACAACCAUGAAAAAACAAAUACCAUUUCUCCUAAUUCACAUACACACACACAUGAAAAAACAAAUACUGCCUCUCCUGAUACAAACACAUAUGCAAAAACAAAUACUACCUCUCCUACUUCACAUACAC